AGUGUGUAUUACCAACGGAGCAUCAAAACAAUCAAUAUGGCGCACUGUCUAUUGUUAGCUGGCUAGGUAGGUUGUGAGCAAAAAAGGAAGCGAUUUACAUACCAUAUACUUAAUAGAUCAAUGUGAUCGCAUGUCUAUAUUGGAGUGGAAAUUCUUAUAGAACGUCUGCAAGGUGCGCUAAAUGCAAGUUAGUACACGCUUCCCAAGUGGUUAUCCAAGGUUUGCGUUUGACAGUUCCGAACUCGUUCGGUCACGUUGCUUGUCAGAAGGUUGUUGGCUUCGGUACUUACGUACCUUGGUGGAAUAUCAACAGAAAACCACGACGGCGUCAUCAAAGAAUGGAUUUUAAUACAUCAAUUCCGUGAAAAUGGUAAAAGUGUAGGCAUAUUUCCACUCAUUUUACUUACCUGAGAUUUUUUUUUGUGGUUGAAUUUACCGUUACAUCUGUGGUGUUUGGUGCACGGAUUAGCUAACGGUAUAAUGUUGUGACAGCCGAACAGGGUGGCAAAACAAUGUUGCAUUUUUAUUGUUAGCUAAUUAAUUUCAGUGUCUUGCGUUUGACACAUAUCUAUAAUUAAUUGGAUUAGUGAAAAUGAAUUAGGCCUUGUUUGCACAAGACAGAUUUACAAGAUGAGUACCACUUUGAUCGAACUUCCUUCUACCACUCCAAAACAACAUGGAGGUAAGAAGGGGGCACCAGGAUUAAUCACUCUGUCUGAGAAUCAGGUAAUCCCAGUGUCGAACAUCGCGCUCACACCCCGAGCACCACAGCUUAAUGGAGCAGCAAAGAGGGGUGCAUCUGGCCCUAUUGUAACAUCUAGUGACGAGGAAAGUGAUGGAUCUAGCAGUCCACGGUCUAACUAUUCCAACAACCUCUCGUACCAACAACCAAAACAUCAGUCAUCAUCAUCAUCAUCAUCAUCACAACAGCAUCAGCAUCAUCAACCAUCAUCACAACCGUCGCAAUCACAACAGAGGGCAUGUGAAGCAUACGAACAUGAUCAUGACUAUGAAAAUGUUGCCUCCCCUAGUGGAAGUAGCACAGCUAGUGGACCUGUUUAUGUGAGGCCACCAGGUUUCAAACAUCAUGCACAAGAGAUUAAAAAAACAAAAAAGAAAAAGACAGCUUUACUUGAAUAUAGGUCAUCAGGCUUGAAAAAGCGAGCUCCAACGCCGCCGAAAGUCCGUCCAAGGAGAGAGUCUCUGCCCAUGAGGCUCCGCGCACUACCUCAGUCAUUUUGGAAACAGCCUAAUGUGCCAAACCAGGUGUCGCCAGCAAACGUGUUCCCGUCAUUACCUCCACUCUGCUACAGGGAAUCUAUGGAGGAAAUAACAGAUGUAAGACCUAUAACUCCACCGGAGGAACGAGAGGCGAGACAGAAAAAGACGCUACAGAGACCUCCGGAGAGGAAGCUCAUCGUGGGAGAUACCGACCUUCUCCUGAAAAAUUUAUUCGCGGGGGUGAAUCAGGUUGAUGACAAGAAAGGUCAACAGAUUAAGAGAGGAAGGCCAAGGAAAGUCACAGUUCCCAAAGCAACAAGCACCAAGACAUUAAUAUCAGGAGAUGACCCGUACCUCAUGGAAACAAUGACGGAGAAAUUUUUUCCUCAACUGACACUGGAAAGUCGACAAGCACAUUUGGCUGGUAACACUUCACUACAGCUGGUGACGAUACGAAAUGGUGAUAAGUGUGUAACUCUCCCGUCACUCAGCAUAAACCAAGACUACUCACAAAUGCUGUCCGAACUAGCCAUGAAUAUCUAGACACUGUGACCAUUGUUAUAUGUAAUACAUAAGCUGAGGUAAUAAUGUGAUUCAAAUUUCAGAGUUUGUGAUCUGAAUUGGAAAUUGAUAUGAAUAUUCAUAACAAUUCGGGGUUGGAGUUGGAAAUAACUGGCCAUAAAUCCAGGAGUUUGUGAUCUUAAUCAUCUGGAGUUUGUGAUCUUAAUCAUCUGGAGUUUGUGAUCUUAAUCAUCUGGAGUUUGUGAUCUUAAUCAUGGAGUCAGAAUUGGGCAUACAUCUCUGGAGUUUGAGACCUGAGUCAUGGAAUCAGAAUUUACCAUGAAUAUCUGGAGUUUGUGAUUCAAAUAUCUGGAGUUUCAACAAAGACCUGGAAAUUGAUCCUUCAUGGUCAGAAAGUUCCGGUUCGUGUCCUCUACAACAGAUUCUCCGUGGUGUGAGAUUUCCAGUUAAUACUAUCAACUCAUGAAUCAGUGCUGAUAUUUGUUUUGUAACAGUUGGUACAGAUUGUUUACUUACACAGCUGUGUAUCAACAAUAAUUAGUAAAAAGCUAUCUGUGAUUUUAAGGAAGAAAACAAUGUAAUUAGAUUUUGUUUCAUUACAUUAAACACUCUGUACCGUUAGACACCUAACUUGAUUUAAAUCAAUAAACGAUUUGUUAUUGCAUGGUAAAGUUAAAUGGAGGAAAAUGAGCUCAUUCAGUUUGAAAUCAAUAUAUACACUAUAUUUUACCUGUAAAACUUUUCACAUUUGCAUUAAAACAAAUUUACUCAGCAAACUCUUAACAUUGUAUCCAUGGGGAAAAAGUUACAUUUUUAAAGAUAACAUUUUUACGUUUUCAAGUGUCAAGGAUAAAACAGCUAAUAUGAAGAAAUCAUAAAAUUUCUGUAAUGCUUCAGAAAGUAGAUUGUUAUCAAAUGUAUGGUAACUAUGGAGACCACAUAUUGUUUAAGAUCGUGGAGGCCAUUUACAUACACCAUAUUGUUUAUCUCACGCACCUUAUACCAUACAGUUUUGUUUUUCACAGAUGUUUUUUACUUCAUCCGUCACACUCGGACCAAUUAGCUUAAGUUUUAUAUUGUUAUCAGAAAAUAUUAGAAACUCAGAAUUCAUUCAGGCUCGUUUGUCAUCAGUUUCUCGUAGCCCCUUUUUUUCUCUCAGUUUUAUCUUGUCGUUCUUGCCAAACGGCUUUUUAUAAAGAAAAAUAAUCAUGAUAACAUUUUCUAAUGUAUGAUUGUUAACCAUUACAAAUGAAUCUUGUAUAGAGAACAACAUUUUUUAUCCAAAAAAUAAUUCAUUUUUAUUUUUUAUUUUUUUUAUUUUGAUGCGUAAUUUUGCUUAAUUCCAUUUGAACUUAUCCUUUCUUUAUAUCUAAGUGUACAAAAACACAGAAAAACAAGGAUUGCGAUUGAUUCUAACAAAACUGUGAUAAUUCUUCACAUCCCUUUUCAGAGAAAUAACUAUGUUUUGAAAUAUUUUUUGAAGACAUAUAAAACUUGUUUUAAAGUUUUGAAUGUUUUAAAGUCUUAUUUCCAACAAAAAGAUUCCGUCCAAUGUUUUUGCCCGAUCUAAUUGUUAAUGUCUGUUUUCAUGCCAUUGUUGUUGUUUUGGUGUAAAGUUGUAUCCGUCCGGGACAAUUGUUGAAUCCUCAUAUUCCGUUUUAUUUCAGUCAUUUUUUUACUGUAAAAACCCAUGUAUAUUACAGUACACAUUCUCAAAUUUUCCUUUGACCAAAAAUAGGAUUCUGGGAAAUUGACAUGUUAGAAUGUGUACAUAUAUUAUGGUUAAUAUGUACCAAAAAUUUCCUUACACUAAUAUUGGAGUCAAGUAUCCAAUGAUUUUUCCAGGAAUUUAUUUUCCCAUUAUUUUGUGAGUCUGUUCCUAUAUCUACAUGGGUUUUUACUAUAAAUUAAUGAUUUGAAAUUGUUUACUAAGACAUUACAUCCAAAGUAUAAAUAUUUAGAUAUCUAGAACUGUUAACAUUCCUGCCAGUGCUGUUUAUGUGAUAAAAACUGUUUCCAUUAAUUUAUUAAAUGUUAAUUAAUUUUAUUGCCUCUAAUGUAUGUUUCAUGCAUUCACAUUUAUUCAGUAGCAUUGCUAAUGGUGCUGUUCAAUUUGAUCACUGCUUCAGAAGACCUCGCUAAAUCUCUUCAGGUAUAAAAUGUUCCCAUCAUGGAAAUCAUGUUUGAAAGCAUUCUUAAAUAUUUCGGAAACUGAAGUGUUCAUGUUCAUGAAUCCUGAAAAAAUUUGAACUUUAAUCCAGAUUUGAAUAAAUUUCAUUAAUAUUUAAAUAUUUAUCAAUUGACAUCAAAAUGGCUUCCUACUAAAGAAACAUAACUCAGUGAAUGUUACAGGAUUCUGUGGUUUAUUGAUCGAUGUAAAAAUCUUCAAAAUAUUUUUUUCCAUCAAAGUACAAAAAUGUCCGAUUUGUGAGGUAUUUGGAACUUACGUGUGAUUAUUUUGAAUCUAGAGUAUGUGUUUGUUGAUUGAUUAGUUAUGUCAGUUAUAGAGAUAUUAUUAGAUUCAGAAUUUGUACAUCAGUACAAGCUAUGUCUAGCUAUCAAGCUCCAGUUGUUAAUGAUAUACCGGUAGUUGUAUUUAUUACAUCAUGUACAGAAAUAGAAGUAUUUUUAUGUAUAUUUUCUGGAAAUAAUUAUUUUGAAUUAGAGGACAUAUAUUUUGAUUUCAGUUUUAGUAAUUAUGUGUCAUUAAAUUAAUAAAUUAUUUAAGCAAGAUAUUGUCAAAUCUUACAGAUCUUGUCGACAUAUCCUACAAGACCUGUUCCUACAUGUCGAUUCCGUCCCAGCAUGGAUAGGUUUCAUUUUGUCAGUUAAGAAUCCCUCCAAUUCCAAUUAUACAGCGUAUGUCUGUUCCGUCCCUGUGAAACUCAGGUUUACAUGUAACCAUCAGCUUUGUUUGCACUUCGUUAAAAUGUUUUGGGAAUUAGCUUUGUUUACGUCUGUGAUAGGAAAUUCCUGGUUUAAGUCUGUGAUAUUUAGUUUUGUGUUUACUUUAGUUUUAUAGAUUAUUUUGUAAAAUGCUGUUUUAUGUAUAUAUUUGUAUAUUUAAUACAGUGUGUUGACUGCUUUGUGCUUUUUCAUGUGUUUUAGUUUAGUCAUCAUUUCUGUAAAUAUCACCGAUCAUCAUAAUGUGUGAAUUAUUAUUAUUUAAUAAUUUAAUAUUUAUCAAAAAGUUUUAAUUCAAUUAUAAGUACUAAGUUGGUUUUCCACCAAUUAAAAAUAUAACUUCAAAUAUAGAUAGUGCAUGUCCGAAUACCUAAGAAACAUGUUAGUAUAAAAAGGAGAAAGUUUAACUUUAAUUUCACAUGAAAAGUUAUCUCCCUUUGACACAAGGUCCUCACUGACAUCGUCUUUAGUAAGGAAAUUAAGAAAUUUAAUGUGACAACUUUCAUUGUAUCAUUCAUUUUAUCUAAACAUGUUUUUUUUGUCAAUUUGAUUGUUAAAUUUAAAAGAUAAUAUAAUGUCUGAGUUGAAAACAGAUCAUGAGAUGUGAAAUAUUGUUAUGUUAUUCAUUAUCUUCAGACACAAUUUGAACUAAUCAAUUUAUCAAAAAUACAACAUGUAUUUAAAUUUAACGUACUUGUUUUAAAAGUGUGUGUGAACAUGUAUAUAUUGUGCAUUAAACUAGAAUUUUGUUCGCUGCCUUGAUGCAGCAGAUGAAACUCUUUAAAUAUUUCAACUUUCUUUGCCAUCUUUAUUUUUUUACUGUGCAUGUAGAAAACAAAUUAUCUGUUUGGAUGGGAUCAGAUAGGUCUACCCAACAGUAUAACAAACCUCUCUGAUUAUGUAGAUGGGACACUAAUACCCAAAUGAAAACGUAGAUUUUAAUUAGAUAAGAGUCAUUACUGAAUACUGAAAACAAGUUUUCUCCCGAUUUCGAGUUAAGGGGUUAUGCCCCUAAGCAUUAUAAGGUAACUCCCUAGGUGAUAUAGUAUACCCCUAUGUCAGAAUAACCCUUCUCUCACACAUCCCAUAAAAUAUAUUUUACCCCAAGUAGAAUAGUUCUCCAUGGCAUAUCCCUCACAAAGAAUGACAAAAACACUUAUCAUUCCAAACUUGCUUAAAAAACAUUUUAGAUCAUUUUCAAACCAAUGAAAUGUUGACAUGAUCAUUUAAGAUCAAGUUGGAAGCUCACCAUAAAUUAUUCAUCUCUUCCAUUUGAACUCCUUUUCAAAUCAGUUUCAUCAAAUUGCAAGCUGGCCUUGCUUAUCAUUUUUGCUUGCUGACAUCGUCUCGAAGAGACCUGUACAGAACACCAUUUUUCUGUCACCAAAUACGUUCACACAUUAAUGCAAUGCUGAACUGUGGUUUACAAUAUUAUUGUAAUUAAAUUAUUAUAACUCCAUUUCAAUCCAUUUAGUGAUAGGAAUCUUGUUGUCGUGGAUACUUUGGUUUCUGAAAGUAAUGAAAGUGUUCUGUCUAUAAAAAACAAUCUAUACUUACCGGUACAUAUAUACAUUGGAGAAAGGGGAGUAGUAACUAGGUUCCUAUGUUUGCAGGAAAAUAUUCAUUGCUAAAAUGUAUUCAUAGAAAACAUACCGGUAUCUGUUGUUUUAAAGUUAAUAGCAUUUGCUCGCCUCCAAGUCACAGAAAUUAUUAAUUCAAGUCCCACUUAAGGCUGUAUAUCCCACUUUGUACCCACACUGAGUUUGCCAUUUCUUGAUAUGUUGUUCACGGUGUCAUGAAUGUACACCUCAAAUAUCUCUCUUUAAAAUGCAUCAGCUUUUAUAAAAGAGAGAGGUUGCAUAGAGGGCAGACAAACUUUUUUUUUCUUUAUGACUAUUAUUUUCAUCUGAGUGAGCAAACCAUCAAAAUGAUACAAUGUAUAUACCAUAUUCGACCUAAUAAGUGCACCUACCCUAUAAGAGCACCCUCACCUUUUUCAGAAAAUUGAGGAACUAAUUGAAACAGGGAUUAUAAGUUAAUCACCUCACAGAUCUGUUAAUAUAAUCUUCAGUCUUUUAAUCAAAGACUCUGGAUUGUUUUCACUAAAUAAAUACAAGUGAAUAAAAUAUUUUUUUUUUUUUAAAUCACACCCACAUUUCACAUGGAAACUUUUCCCUGUACUCGGUUUUAUUAAGCACACCCCUUUUGUGUUUUUGUGAGUGCACAGUGUGCUUUUUAUGUCAAAUAUGGUAUAAUGUAAAUGGUUGGACAUGCAUGAUUUUGUUCAUUUUCGUUUUUUCGAGAACAAAGCCAGCUGUCUUGCCUUGGUUUGAAUUUGAGGAAUGUUUAUUUAUUUUAUAAGGAGCUGCCCCCAUGCAGGACAAUAUGUCAUUAAAUGGCAUUUUGUUCAGGGGUUGGUAAGGUGGUAUAUUGUGUACCUGUUAUAAAACAUCUAUACGUUUGUCUAGCAUUGUCAACAUUUCUUUAUCACACUCUCAAAGUAAAGGAGGUUCUAUCAUGUUCUCAAAAGUGAUGAAGGGACAUUUUUUACAUGUUUUGUGAACUGUUAUCCAAGACGAUAAGUACAUUCCCUUGCGUCCCCAUCUUGUUAAAUCUUAUUCAGUAUUAGUGUUGAAUUCCGUCCUUUGCAUGUGUUGUUUACAGUUAAAAACAUUAUUAAUGUCAAUAUUUAAAUUAUUGAUUAUGAGAAGUAAUUCCUUAGUUUCUUUGUACAUAUAUUUUCUUACCUGGUUAUAGAUGUUAGACAUUUAUCAGUGUUCAACAAUGUUUUUGUAAAUUAACAUAAGUCUAUGAAUGGUUGCUUCAAAUGAUCUACAGAUUUAGCAGAAAUUUAAGCCUAGAUAAUUGGUAUUUUCAGCUGUGUGUCAAAUUUUUAGCAUCACAUUGAGAAAAAUAAAUGAUAAAAACAA